AUGAUGCAAAGCAGUUGGUCAUGUGACCCACUUCCUGUCCAGGGUCUUUAAAUCGUCCUCCGUCCCCUCAGAACAAGACAUCAGAGUCACAGCAACAGAGGCUGAACCUGAGGAUUGUGGGAGUUGUGGUGCAGAUUCUUCUUCGUGGUGUUCUGUGUGACGGCUGCAGGAUGUUUGCUUUCGUGCUGCUGUGUUGUUGGUCCUUCAGUCUGCUGCAGCUCUCCUCCGGUCUGGUUCAUGGAAACAUUCAACUGGACGAAGGUCUUGUCCCUGGCCGCCACAACGAACCCUCAUACCUGGCGGACGCAGAGAGAAGCCACGCCCCUGACCCCGUGCAUGAAUCGUCCCUCCUGCCUAUGGACUCAGUAGAGGACCACUUCCUGAUGGAGCCAGGCUCCUAUGAUGAGGACUCUUCAGCGGCAGCAUUGCAGCUCCAGGGUCGUUCGAUGCGUUCGAUGCCUCGUCGUUGCAUCCCUCACCAGCAGUCCUGUCUGGGCUACCCGCUGCCCUGCUGUGAGCCCUGUGACACUUGCUACUGCCGCUUCUUCAACGCCAUCUGCUACUGCCGCCGAGUCGGCCAUGCAUGUCCUACCAGGCGCACCUAAGGACGCACCUAGGCACGCACCUGGGGACACACUUGGAGACUAGAGACACAACUGGAGACACAUCUGGAGACUAGAGUCACAACUAGAGUCAAAACUAGAGACACACCUGGAGACAUCAUGACCAUGAGCGCCAACCACAGGAAACUUUGUGUAACAUGUUGUAUU